GGAGAGAGAGAGAGAGAGAGAGAAAGACCCAACGCCGCUCUUUUGGCUUUUUUCCGGGAAUCUGUGAAAUCGCAGCAUGAUGGAUCAAGCAGCGGUCCAGGUUGCACCUUUUAACGUGCAGCAAUGCAGGCCUCGGACCAUGGCAUGCCGGAGCUCCAAGUAAGCAAAGAGAGGAGUGAUGGCAGCCUUGAUGCCGUGGCGGCUGACACCAUUUCGAAAUCGCCGGGCAGUGACUGCAGCUAUGAGAUUUCGCCGGCCAGUAAUAUUUGGCUCCAUGAUGUCGGAAAUGAGAGUUCGCUGGGCAGCAGCAGCAGCAGUGAAACUGGCGUGGAGAGGGCGCCAUCACUAGAGCUGCAACUGGCAAGUUGGCUUGCGAAGAUGGAGCUGACCAGCCCCCGUUUCCUUCGAGCAACGCCAGCAUAUCGCUGUGGAUGCGCUUUUUUCCGCGAGAGAGGCAGCGGUUCUGCCUUGGCCAGCGAGCAAGUGAAGACCAUCUCCAAGUUUAUGUCCCACAGCUGGCAGUCAAAUCCUUUCUGGAAAGCACUUGGUCUGCUUCUCUUCUACAACUGGAAGCCCGCCGUGGUGGCCAGCUGCUUCAGCGCUGCGCUGGUGACGCUGCUCUCCAGCUUGGGGCUGCUACCAGGCGUUCUGGUGACGAUGCGAUCCAGCCCGCAGCCCGCGUUGCUGGCGCCAUGGAGUUUGUCUGCAGGGCUUCUUACCUUUCUGCUGGUGUUGAUACUUCGGCCUCCCCACGAGCUGAUCUUCUUCGAUCUGCUCUGCAUCAAUCAAAGCGAUGCCGUCGAGAAGGAGAAUGGUGUGCUGAACAUUGGGGCCUGCCUGAAGCGUUCCGAGAAGCUGCUGAUACUGUGGGAUGCCAGCUACUGUCAAAGGACCUGGUGCGUCUUCGAGUUGGCGGCGUUUCUCAAGACCCAUGAGAUCCAAGACGUGCUAGUCCAGCCCUUGUCUAUGUCGAUCGUGUUCAGCUUUUCGUUCUUAUAUUGCUCGUUGCUGGGCUACACGAUUAUUGGCGGCUUGUUUCAACAUGCGCUCUACCUGAUGGCCGGUGGCUUGAUUGCUUUUGGUUGGCUGACCGGCACGGCGCUGCUGAAUUUCAACCAGUCAGUGGAGGCAAUGCAGGCGCAGUUGCAGAACUUUCGGAUCGCGGACACCAUGUGCCACUGCUGCUCGGUGGGGCACGAAGAUGUGCUGAUCUGCGACCGAGCUCUGCUGAUGCGAUGCGUGCGAAUCUGGUUUGGCUCCGAGGAGGAGUUCGAAAACUACGUGAAGGAAUCUAUGCAGAACGCCUUAAUGCAUCACUUGGGAGGGAGUGUCCCCUACAAUCUGGUCUUAGCGGCCAGCCUUCCACUACUCUGGUUUCAGAUGGACUGUGCUGCUGGCUUCUGGCGCAGAGGUGACUUCGUUUCUGGACUGGAAUUCUUGUUUUCGGGGGCAUACGCUAUGUUUACGAUGCUCGCCGUUUUUGCGGCGAUACAUCUUUGCGUUCGAUGUACUUCCCGCUGCUGUCCAGUCGUGCGCAAGUUCUUUGCAGCAGCCGUGGUCACGGGAAUGACGCUAAGCAACCAAGCGACACUGCAGGUUUGCAUUGAGCUUCUCCCUGCGUCUCCUAUGCUUCACCGGACUCUGUGGGCUGCCAUUUGGUUUUUUCCAUAUGCGUUUUUGUGCUUGGCCGGCGCAAAGCGCUAUUCUAAGUGAGGGGACUUCCGCCCGUGUCGUCACAACGUUUUUCUACAAAUUGUCAGCGGGACUAAGCAAAUACAGCUUCACAGUUUCGACAUCUUGGAACAAGUAGAAGGGAGGCGGUUCCUCGGCGGGGUCGCAUGCAACCGACGCUAGGGGCUGCCUUGAGGCAACUCGAAGCCCCAAAAGAAACUGGCCUCGAAGAGGCUUUACUUGAGGGUAAGGCGGCAAUCUUGGUGGGACAAAAACGGGAUGGCGUUCA